GACAGCCUAGGCAGCGCUGCGCCAGACAGAGCCCGGAGUUUCCCCGCCAGUGUCAUGGCAGAGGUGGAGGAAACCCUCAAGAGGAUACAGAGCCAUAAAGGGGUUAUUGGAACGAUGGUUGUAAAUGCAGAAGGCAUUCCGAUCAGAACAACCUUGGACAACUCAACAACGGUUCAGUACGCUGGUCUUCUCCAUCAUCUGACCAUGAAGGCCAAGAGCACAGUCCGCGACAUUGAUCCCCAGAACGACCUCACCUUUCUCAGGAUCAGAUCAAAGAAACAUGAAAUCAUGGUGGCUCCAGACAAGGAGUAUCUUCUGAUUGUCAUUCAGAAUCCAUGUGAAUAGCCCUGCUGCGGCCAAGUCCACCCUGUGACACUGGGGUGAAGGCACUCUGCUCUUGAAUGACUACGAAGCUUCUAUUCCAAUAUACUGAUCUCUUUUGGACAUUCUUUUCUAUUUUUACAUUUGAACUAUUGUACAUAUCUCGCUUAGUCCCUUUCGAAUGUAUUGUAAAGUUACGAUUUAGCUACAUAAUAAAUAA